AUGACGCUUCAGGACCGGUCACCAGCACGCCCAGGACAAGACAGCUCCCUGGAGCAGACCCCGACAGGAAAGAAAGAGUUGUGUCGGGGUGCAGACGUGUAUUCAGAGGGUUUGGGUGCCCACUCGCAGGCUCUGGAGGACCAUCGUGACCCGACAAUUGAAGCAGCUGGAAUGAAGGACCGGAAGGCCUUGGGCUCCCAGCUGGGCACCCCAAUUGGCACUGUUCCUGGGACACAAUCUGGUGGUCCUCACGAGCAGGUUGAAUGUUUGCAGCUCAGCAUCCUGAAGGAGACACAUCAGGACGAACUGGGCCACAUGUCCGAAGACCUGGAACACGAGCUGGGCGCCCGGUCCAGCAUGGCUGAGCUGCGGGGCAAGGCCAAGAAAUGCCCCUAUAUCCUGCACACUAUGAAAGAAGCCCAGCUUAAUUAUAGCUACUGCAGCUGGAUCUGCUUCCUGGAGCCAUUUUUGGCUAUGGAGCGGCUGCAGGCAAAGAAUGCAGCCGAGUGGGGCCGUCGGGAGCGGCUGGAGACGGAAAAGUUAGGCCUCGAACGGGAGAACAAGAAACUGCGAGCUCAGGUUGGGGAUCUGGAGGAGGCGCUGGCCAGGAGGCGACGACAGACGGCUAGCGCCCUGGACUGUGACCUGCGGGCCAGCCAGGUUGCACUCUUUGAGAAGAACAAGGAACUGGCCGACCUGAAGCACAUGCAUGGCAAGCUGAAAAAGCAGUUUCAGGAGAAGGUGGCAGAGUUGGCACACGCCCACCGACGCAUGGAGCAGCACGAGGCAGAGGUGAAGAAGCUGAGGCUCCGGGUGGAGGAGCUCAAGAAAGAGCUGGCCCAGGCUGAGGACGAGCUGGAUGAGGCCCACAACCACGCGCGGAAGCUACAGCGGUCCCUGGAUGAGCAGACGGAGCAGAGCGAGAACUUGCAGGUGCAGCUGGAGCACCUGCAGUCCAGGCUCCGCAGGCAACAGCAAAAUGCUCCCCUUUUGGGGAAGAUUCGAAGCACUUGA